CCUCCUCAGCUCCCAGCGCCUGGGUGAUGCUCUGCCAUCUCAGCCCACAGCCCUGCUUCUGGAGGAGCAACGGGGGCCGUGCCAGCUGCUGUGGGGCUCCAGCCCAGGGGCCAAGUGGGUGUUCAGACAGCAGAGAAGAUGCUCACUGGGUGCUUUGCAGGGCUGUGGGUGGGGGCAGCCCAGGGAACAUGCUGGCCUGGUGUCCCUGGCUCCAGCAGAUGUGUCUCCCUCUCCCUGGUCCCCUGAGGUGGGUAGUGCAGUGGUGGGAGGCAGAGCACCAGGUUUGGGAGAGGGCAGCAGACUGGGAUGAGCACAAGGCACCCAGGCUAUAGGGCAGUGCGGCUUGCACAAGCCACCGAGGGCCUGGGCCACCCUGCCUGGGCUGUGCACCUCACCACCUGCAGCGAUAGCAUUGUGGCCCCAGCUGGGAUCUGACCCUGCCUCCCCCUCCCCAGCGUGAGUGCAUCUCCGUCCACGUCGGCCAGGCCGGCGUCCAGAUGGGCAACACCUGCUGGGAGCUGUACUGCCUGGAGCACGGCAUCCAGCCCGACGGGCAGAUGCCCAGCGACAAAACCAUCGGCGGAGGGGACGACUCCUUCACCACCUUCUUCUGCGAGACCGGGGCUGGGAAGCACGUCCCACGGGCCAUCUUUGUGGACCUGGAGCCCACCGUGAUUGAUGAGGUUCGGGGAGGAGUCUACCGCCAGCUCUUCCACCCCGAGCAGAUGAUCACGGGCAAGGAGGAUGCUGCCAACAACUAUGCCCGCGGGCACUACACCAUCGGCAAAGAGAUCAUUGACCAAGUGCUGGACAGGAUCCGGAAGCUGGCUGACCAGUGCACGGGACUCCAGGGCUUCCUCGUUUUUCGUAGUUUUGGAGGUGGCACUGGCUCUGGAUUCACCUCCCUGUUGAUGGAGCGACUCUCCGUUGACUAUGGCAAGAAGUCCAAGCUGGAGUUUUCUAUCUACCCCGCGCCACAGGUCUCCACUGCCGUGGUGGAGCCCUACAACUCCAUCCUUACCACACACAGCACAUUGGAGCAUUCGGACUGCGCUUUCAUGGUGGACAAUGAAGCCAUCUACGACAUCUGCCGCAGGAACCUGGACAUCGAGCGCCCAACCUACACCAACUUGAACAGGCUCAUCAGCCAGGUUGUCUCAUCCAUCACGGCAUCCCUGAGGUUUGAUGGGGCCCUGAACGUCGACCUGACCGAGUUCCAGACCAAUCUGGUGCCCUACCCUCGCAUCCACUUCCCCCUUGCCACUUAUGCUCCUGUGGUUUCGGCCGAGAGAGCUUAUCAUGAGCAGCUGUCGGUGGCCGAGAUCACCAACUCCUGCUUUGAGCCAGCCAACCAGAUGGUGAAGUGCGACCCUCGCCACGGCAAGUACAUGGCCUGCUGCCUGCUGUACCGUGGGGACGUGGUGCCCAAGGACGUCAACGCCGCCAUUGCCCCCAUCAAGACCAAGCGCAGCAUCCAGUUUGUGGACUGGUAUUAUCCUGCAUCUCUGCUCUGGACCCUGCUGCAGAGGGACACGUCAGUGUCUCCUGGCCUGCUCCUGGGCAGCCAGAGCCCCCAUCCCCGCAGGCAGGGAUAG